AGUUGUCAAACACUCUUAUAGAUUUAGGUCUGAUAAUGGGUUUACUUUGCUUUAUUUCACAUACUUCAAUUUUCGUUAUGUUCAGUUCUAAAAGACGUUUACUUAAUGGGAGAUUAAUGUAAUAUGUCCAUUGUUAUGCGGACGUAUGAAUAAAGAAAGCUUAUCGGAAAAAGCCAUUGACGUAAUAGCUGGGUACCGAAGCCAUAACAACAAUAACAUGAUGAACACAGUCGCAUGCUUAUUUUUUUUCACAGUAGUGUCGAAUGGUGUAUGCGGUUUGGAUUUGAGUCGGAGAAAUAAAACAGAACUUUUUCGUCGCAUUAUAAGCGCCGAAUGUGCAGAGUUUGGAGAAGUGGUCCAUGGAACAGUUUCCAAAAUCAAUGCAACUAGUGUCCAAGGCGUACAUAUAGAAUGUGACGAAGGAUAUGAUCUCACUGGUGGGCCGAAAGUAUUGUGUAAUGAUGGUCGGUGGGAUGCAGCCCCUCGCCCUAUGUGUGCUAAACGGUGCAAACCACCACCGUUGCUGCGCGAUGGAGGAGUCAGCGUCGAAGCUCGCCAAGACGGCCCUAACAGCUACCGACACGGGACAAAGGCUAUCUACAGCUGUGGGGUGGGGUUUCAGCUGUCACCACCUGGCAGUCACAUUCGCUCUUGUCACGACGGUGUGUGGACGGGUCUGGCUGCCACGUGUGUUUCGAACGGGUGCCCGCCACCACCGUCGGUGGCCGACGGCUACCACGUGCUCGAACCCCUGAGCCCUGCUGCGGUGCCGGUGGUGCCGCACACCGACCACGAGGGGCGGAUCGUGGUGAGUGUGGAGCAGCGAGUCCACUACAGCUGCAACGUGGGCUACACUCUGCAGGGGCCAGCAAGCCUUCAGUGCCUCGCAUCGGGCCAAUGGAAUCCUCGCCAGCCUCCCAAGUGUGUGCGCCAGUACGGACCGCCCACAGAGCCUCCGCCACCACCACCUCCGCCUCUGCCCGGUAUGGGUAUGGAUAUGGAUGCCGACAAAGAAAGAAUUUCAGCACAUGUUGCACCCGAGCUGCCACUGCCGGUCUGCCCGCCGGCCCCAACUCUGCACCACACACAGGUGUCCGUUCUAGACGGGCCACAGACGGCCAACAAUGCGGGUUCGGGUGCUCGGCUGGAGGUGAGGUGCCGCGAAGGCUACCGGGAUCCCGCCGCACCCUGCGUGCCAGCCGUGCUGUACUGUGAGCAGGGUUCCUGGGUGGGCUCACUGCCGAUCUGCGAACCAGUUUCAGACUGUCCACCACCACCGUAUGUGCAACACGGCACUCUGACACCACUGCCACCGAGAGAAUCGUCAUAUCCUGUGGGAUCGUCUGUUAGCUACAGCUGUGCCACCGGUUAUUUUCUUGAAGGCGAAAGAACUUUGACCUGUGCUGCUACUGGCUGUUGGGAACCGGCCACACUGCCUUCCUGCAAACUUGAGGAACAGCUUUACGCACUUGCCGGCUGCCCGCCUCCACCGCUCGUGGAGCACAGCACGAUGUCCUCGCCGACAUCGGAGACUUCGUACCCCGUGGGGUCGUCGGUGAGCUACAGCUGCUUCCAGGGCUACGUGCUGGAGGGGGAGCACAUCAUCACCUGCAAUCCCUCCGGCCUCUGGGAGCCUUCCCCAUUGCCGACGUGCAGAGCUGAUCCACAACCUUACGCCUACCUGAGUACAUCGAGUGUGCUGCUUGUGUCCCUCGCGGUGGCCCUCGGCGUCUCACUCAUCCUGCUUGUGGUCUGUGUGGUGGUGGUGUGUCGCCACCAGGGGCCCAAGACACGCCCUGGAGUUCCGUCGCCCUCGUCGUCAACUGGAGGAGGCGGAGGCCACCGCGGUGGUUGUGGCGGACCACCUGGUUCUCUUGGUGGGCCACGCCACUCUUCUCCGACAGGAUGCGUUGCCACAUCUGGAGGUGUUUUGCACGACCCAGACAGGGUCGCUCUUAUCGCAUUUGCUGAUGGAGUUCAGUUGGGAGAGUCGACAGCUCUUCCAACCUACGAAGAGGCGGUGCGUGGGUGCGAUCGCAGCAUGGCUGGCGUCGGUGGCACGGUGGGGGGCGGAGGCACCUCCCUGAGUGCGGGUGGCGGCCAGGGCCACCGCGGCCACGGGCGCGGCCACUGGGCGGGCCUGGGGUCGGGCCGCCGGCCGGUGCACGUGACACGCCAGUCCUCCAGCACAUCCCACACAGCCUCCCUGAGGAGCGGUUCUGCAGCCGGCGACUCUAUGGGCUCUACAGACACCAUGACACCGAGCGAAGUUUCGACAACUGUGACACUAGACACAGUGUCAUCACACACGUGCAGUAGCGGCGUCAGUGGCAGCGGCAGCGGUAGUGGCGGAGCAGCGAGCUGCCGUGCUAUCUGUGGCAGCCUCGCCUCAUUUGACACCAGCUCCGCACUCAAUACUGAAGGUGUUCCACUUCUCGAGGAAAGUGAACUGGAGGAGGCCGACCUCUCUGGCCCGUGCAAGCGCCGACGCCCGUCACCGGACCCGCCGGGGGUCGCCUGAUGCAGGGUUCACGGGGGGCGGUACUCGCCCCCCUUGCCGCCCCUGUGCCCACUCCCCGUUCCGCCGCCACCGCCUCCGCGCAGGCUGCGCAAGUUGUAAGUCUGGCUCCUGGGCACACGGGAUAGGCUAGAGUUCCCGGACCCUCGGGGACGGGCUCAGCAGUAGGAAGUGUAAUGGCUGCUUGUUGUCACCCAACUUAUCUGUCUCCAUGGCAUUCCAAAGCUACAAGACUCCCGAGUUUCGUAAUCUA